UUUUGCGUUCACCAUACGCGGAUUAGAGAAAUGUGGUGGGCUGGCAAUUGGGAUCGUUUCUUUAUAUCUACCUCCGCCGUAUAACGCUACGGUGACAGUCAGAACUUACAACGACCAAAAAGAAAAAAGAAAAAAAACAGAAAAUGGCGGUGGCGGGUCUUUACAGAAGAGUUCUUCCCUCUCCUCCUGCCAUCGAGUUUUCUUCUCCCGAAGGCAAGCAAUUGUUCACGGAAGCUUUAGCGGGAGGAACGGCGGAAGGGUUUUUCAAACUAAUAUCAUACUACCAAACGCAAUCGGAGCCUGCGUAUUGCGGACUCGCCACUCUCGCCAUGGUCUUAAACGCCCUCGCUAUCGAUCCUGGUAGAACCUGGAAAGGACCUUGGAGAUGGUUUGAUGAUUCAAUGUUAGAUUGUUGCGAGCCACUGGAGAAAAUCAAAAGUCAAGGCAUCACUUUUGGGAAAGUUGCUUGUUUGGCUGUUUGCAAUGGUGCUCAAGUUGAACCUUUCAGGACCGAUCAAUCUAGCAUUGAAGAUUUCCGGGAACGCGUGGUCUCUUGUACUUCAUCAGAGGAUUGCCAUUUGAUUGUCUCCUACAAUAGAGCGGUUUUCAAGCAGACAGGAUCGGGCCAUUUUUCUCCGAUAGGGGGUUACCAUGCUGGAAAGGACAUGGUUCUGAUUUUGGAUGUUGCUAGAUUCAAAUACCCUCCUCAUUGGGUUCCUCUUUCGCUUCUUUGGGAUGCCAUGAAUACUAUUGAUAAAGCAACUGGACAUUGUAGGGGGUUCAUGGUUAUGUCUAAGCUUCAGAAAGCAACAUCUGUUCUUUACACUAUGAGCUGUAAACAUGAGAAUUGGAAUGUAGUGGCUAAGUACUUAACAGAAGAUCUUCCCCUUUUGCUCACUUCCAAGAAUCUAAAAGAUGUUAAUGAUGUAUUAUGUGUGGUAUUUAGAUCAGCACCUUCCAGUUUGAGGGAUUUCAUCAAGUGGAUUGCAGAGGUUCGGAGACAGGAUGAUGGCAGUACCAUUUUAAGUGAAGAGGAGAAAGGAAGGGUUGCACUCAAGGAAGAAGUAUUGAAACAAAUACGAGAGACUGAACUAUUCAAAAAUGUGACGGGAUAUUUGGGAUUUGAGCGUUCAUUGUGCGAAAGUGAGGCAUCUUUGGGUUACACAGAUAGCUUGGCUGACAUUGCGGCAAAUGUUUGUUGUCAAGGAGCUGGACUUCUAACUGGGAAAAUUAGGUUGUUAAACGGGUGCGGUAAAGAUAUAAAACUUCUAAAAUCUGUGUGUAAGGAGCCUGUCACAGUGGUUUCUGGUACUGUAACUACUGAUGGCACUGAACAAAUGGUUGAUAUGCUGAUUCCGUCAUCUGAAACAAAGCCCAGUUGUUUAUGUGAUUUUGACCAAAAUAGUUGUUCUGGUAUACCUCCAUCAAUAGGGGACGGUCUGACAGUACUUCUUUCUGCACUGCCUCAAGAUACCUGGUUGGGCCUUAAAGAGGAGAAGCUACAGGCAGAGAUGAAAGGCCUUACAUCUGCAGACUGUCUCCCAACUUUGCUCCAAGAAGAGGUUCUGCAUUUGCAACGGCAGCUCUAUUUCCUCAAGGCUGAUCUCAAUAUCUCACCCUCAUCUUCUUGAUUUUUUCUUCUUAGAGAAUCUUAUUGAAGAACAACACUGGACAAACUUCUGUAUUGGAUUCAUUAUGAAAGUCAUUUGUGUCAUUUACUACUAAUAUUUAUACAUCAACCACAUUUUGUUGUGAACAUUCAACAUGCAAAAUAGAAUUUCUAUUAUUAUUAUUAUUGAAUAUAUUUUUAUGCA